AAGGGAUUGCGCGUUGUCCACCUGAAAGAAGAACCCAACGGUGCCACACAGUGUGUGUGUAGUGUGGCGCAGACGGAGUUCCAUCGGCUGUCCCGCCGAGUAACAAUUAGUAGUGCCUUGACUGUCCUCCACAGGUACACUUCGUCAUUCCUCCUAAACAUUCCCCCCUCUGUUAUCUUGCAUCACUCAUUUUACGAGCGUUGUUCCUUUUACACUUUCACUUUCUUUACUCGUGUGUGUAUACACUUGGAAUGAACGAUCUUUCAUUCGCGCUCGUUCCUCUUUGCCCUUAAAUCGCUUACUUUACAUUACCCCCGUUACUAAACUUAUACACCACAUAUCUUGACGCCUGGAAGCCCAAUCCGGGGUAGUCGGUAACAACAACUAUGGGACACUCACGACGUCCUGUUGGCGGGGAGAAGAAGAGUCGAGGCUUCGGUCGCUCCAAGGCAGUCGCUGAUGUAGGCGAUGGACGGGCAGCGGGGAAGCCUCAGGUCAAGAAGGCUGUGUUCGAGACUACAAAGAAGAAGGAGAUUGGUGUUUCGGAUCUUACAUUACUGAGCAAGAUCUCCAAUGAAGCCAUCAACGAUAACCUUAAACUCCGCUUUGAACAUGACGAAAUCUACGUAAGUUGAUAUCGCGGGGCAUGCGCCGGUCCGGGACUAACAUUUUCUUCUUUCUAGACGUACAUCGGACAUGUCUUGGUGUCCGUGAACCCGUUUCGAGACUGUAGGUGGACUCGUGGGAGGAAUCAUUAGGGGGCGGACCAAUGCUUACUGACACCUUCUCUAGUGGGUAUCUACACCGACCGUGUC